CACGAUUUCCAAGAUGGCGCUUUUCGAGUGUUGUUCGAAACAGUUUGUCAAAGAUACAGGGCGGUCAACCCUGCAUCCGAUCGUGGAUUUAAAUUCUUCUUCUCGCUGUGAUGUCCUUUGCGCCGUGGUAAAAAAGAGGAGCCGAUGGUGUUGGAAAAAAACUAAAUACCUGCCCACUCAGUUUAGUUUGAACGAGAUCAUGACAAAGGUGAGCUGCCAUUUCGUGUUCCAUGUCAUGAUCAUUGAAUAUCCGUAAAAACUGUCGUAAAUGAAAAUUAAUAUUGCCGCAAGAUGAAAGGCUUUAGAUGUUUUAGUAAUUUAUUUGUUUACAUUUUAAGAUUUUAUCCAUUGAGCAUCAACUGUACUGAACCCGCCUUUUCGGAAAAAAGGCUGCCGUUGUCCAUGUAGGUCUCUCCGAAGAGGGGUAUUACAACUUUUAAAAACCGUUCUAGAUUUUUGAAUCGCUUUUUCACUCGAUCGUUAUACAGGACCUAAUUUAAGGAAAACCUCUCUGUUUUACUUCCUAUUUUUGGGAGGAUGAACUUUUGAAGGUAUAAGUCUUUUUUUUAUACCCACCUACCCAGCCCGCCCAAAAGAUUUUAUAACAUGAGGAGCCAUCAAUGUUUAGUCAAGAUUUUGAGUAUUCUGUUGAAUUUCCCUUUAUUCUCAUGAAAAUUGAUGAUCAUCUGUUUCCAGUGUCUGCAUUUGUCAGGAUGACUGAAAAAAUAGGAUGUAAUAUGUCUCAACAGUUUUUGUCAUAGGCUGUAGUUAUGCUCAAUUCUUAUCAUCUCAAAAUUGUAAUUACCAUUCAAAUUUGUUGGUGGUAGUGGUUGUUGUUGUAAUCACAGUGUUGUCAGAAUGAGUAAUAAUUAUUUAUUCUUUACCAUGUGUUAAGCCUCUUCUAAUCAGAUCCCAGGGGAGUGGGGGUUACUUCCAUAUAUGGGCUAGAUAAACACACCUAUUUGAAAUUUAUGGGAAUACCCCCUUCCCCCUAUACCCAACCCCCAGUAAUUUGCACUCUUGGCCCUUUGACUUUAGUGUCCAUUAUAAGGGUUUUGGGGUAACCCAGCUGAAUUUCUGCUAACCCCAUAUUUUUCUUAUUUUCUUUAUUUAGCCAGUUGAUAUCAGCGGCAAUGUUAACAAGUCAGUUUUCGUAAAGAAAUACAAGAACGAACCAAAAUUCCAUGUUCAUGGCAAACUGGGAGCAAAAAUUGCUCUGGAAUUUGGAAUUGAUGUAUCAGCAACAGAUGAGUUUACAGUUAGUAUGGAUGUUGGGACUGUUAUCAGGAAAGAAGUAGGGUGGGGUGAACUAAGCCAAGCACUUGUAGGGAAAACACUGAAUUUGGAACACGAGUUUGUGCAAGAUAUAAUUGACAAGCCGAGGCGGAGUCUUUGUGUUGUUUACGAAGCGGUCACAACUGGUAGUGAUGCAGAUGUUGACUCAGAUUCAACUAAAGAAGGUACUGAGAGUUUUCUCCCUUGAAGCAAAAUAAUAAUAAUAUAAGAACAUAGCCAUCCAAAGUUGAUUUUAAAUAUUUCUCAUACUGCAAUAAUUUACAGUUAUUGUAAAUAAUAAUUAUUUACAGUAUUAGAGAUAUCUGGCCUGCGAGAUUGCACAAGUCAACCAGUGCACAGGUUAGAGAGGUAACAAAAAUCAUUCGAUGGGUUAUGGAAAGCACGGACAACCCAAGCCCCAACUAUUAUUCUGUGGAUGAAGUACCUAAUCAUUGGUUAAUAUUUGGUUAACUAGGAAAGUAUUAUCUAACAUCCAAAAGAGUUUCUAAGGAAAUAUAACAAUUGAUUUAAAAAUUUGAUUGAAAAAAUAUCUUGUAUAAUGACACCAAAAGAUGCUCUCCAUAACUGCUAUUACCUGUGUCAUUUCAGGGGAUGCAAAUAUAACUGGAGGUAAACCAACGUUCUCCAUUUACCUGGGCGGGGCAGUCCAGGCGACACACCAUCGCUCUUAUGAAUUGCCUACUAACACCAUUCUGGGGUAUGCCUGCUAUGAAAUGACUUACGACUCUGCUAUGGGUACAUUUGAACUCGUGUUACCUGACGAAAAAGAUGCAGGGCAGGUCGAAAGCAGUGGAAAGCGUUAUCAUGUGUUUGAUGAACCUGAUGGACAGAAUGGUAAGUUAUUGUUAUUUCUGACCUUGUGGACGCUUUAAAAAUACAAUCAAACCUCCUGUAAGUGACCACCCAGUUGCACUGGAUCAUUAAUACGUUUCUGGGAAACUACCCAGCUACCCCUCCCCUAAGACAAUGUUAACACUUACUUCUCACGUAGGGCAAAAUGUUGGCUUAGGGGAGGGGUAGGUGGGCAGUUUCUCAGAAACGUAUAAUGAUCUAUUACACUGAGGGCUAGGGGCUAGGGCUAGGGGCUUACAGAAAAGGACAACCAAAAACUUCACAGGGCAAAGUUCCCAUGGCAGACAAUUUCGUCAUGCCAACCACGAGCUUCUCACAAGGCUUCCAGGUACUCAUCACCUAGACAGAAAACAAGCAGUUUCUUUGUAUUACAGUUGAUACAAUUACCAAUUAAGACCAUACCAACCAUACCCAAUCUUCAACACCUAGAAACAUGUAAAAAGGGAGGGAUAUGUUGGGUGGGAAAGAUGUCCCUCUUACAGACUCAAAGAUGGCUGAAUUGAGAAGAUUAAGCCUUUUUCCAGCUUCCUGUAGAAUAUUUUUUUCAGGCCGCCUUUUUGUUAUUUCAGAUAAAGCCCUAUCCUCAGUGUUUGACGACCUUUUCAAGUCCCCUCUGUGUACACAGAUCAUUGGUCUUUACAGGAAGGUACUUGCACACCCAGCCGCUGUUACACCUCUCAGAGACUUGGUCAGUAAAUAAACAUUAUUGUUAAUAGAUGGAACAAAAAUGGAAACUGUGCAUUACAUCACCAACAUUAACUUGUGUACUGCAAAGGACCUAGAAAAUAGUAAUAUUAGUGCUUCAAAGUAUAUGUUGUUAAUUAGCCUGCGUAGCAAUUGUUUCUGUGCGAGUUUUGUGCCAAAAAUGGAGCCAGAGCAAAAAAGUUGUUCCAGUGUUCAUGCAUUGACUUGAGCAGAAACACUUCCUACACUGGCUAGUUGUUAAUUUGGAAUUUUAGUGGAGCAGAGUUUAAUUUCAGAUUUCUUUUUUUUUCUGAUUUAUGAUAAUAAAAUAUUGAAAAAAAAAACAGGAAAGAGAUGAGCAAACUUUACCUGAAUUUGAUUUUAGAUUGCAACAGUAUAUGUAUAUUACCUUAAAAAUCUGUAAAAGUAAAUUUAUUUUAUCUCUUAAAGGAUUAUCUCUUUAUUAAAAUUCAAUUAAACAGUUAGAGGAAACACUGUCAUCAUCUCAGACAAAACAGCCCAUGGUGCUUAAUGUCGCUGAUUUUAAGAACAGUGUGGGUGAAGGCUAUGAAAGUUGCAAGGAUCUUCUGCCUACAAUAGGAUUCAAACUGGAAGAAACUGCAGAUGGCAGAAUUACUUUCCCUGUGGAUGGUGCAGUUGGAAUGUUACAUUGUUGUACUGCACUGGCUGAGGCUCUUGUAGGUGAGUCCUGACAAAUCUGUAUCAGUUCUUCAAUAAGUCUGUAGUAUUUAAUUCUGAGCUGAAAAUAAAAGGGAAUCAUCAAGGCUGUAGUCAAAGAAAAACAGAAGAGAGUCCUCUGCUAUGAACCUGUGAAAUCCAAGGUGCCCAACAUAUUGAUUUUUGUGAAAAAUGGUAAUUAGUUUUCCUAGUUGGCUAAGAGCAAAAGGCAGCAGGCAGGGGCUGCUAGGCUCUGCUAGAGCACAGCCCUGUUGGACAAAAAUAUUCAGAACAGUUGGGUACUGGUUUGAUUCCCAGCCAGACCAAUUCUCAGGGCAUUGAAAUAAUGGAGAAGGUGAUGGCUUUGUUUCACAUCUGCAGCAGGGUAAACUUCUCCUUAGAUGAGAAAGAAAAUCUGUAGGCCCGUCUCCCUGGUUUUACUGAUGUCUCUUGUGAGAUGGAGCCACAAGGGUCGACAUAACAUCCUUUAGCAGUGACCACCAAUAGUGUCUUUAUUCAGGCAACACUGAUAUUGGACCCCAGUUUGGUCAGGAAAAGCAUAACAGAACUGGCCUCACCAUGCCUCACUAUACCUAAAUGUAGGUAAAAAGGUUCCAAAACCAAAAGCUAAAUUCGUAUCUGUUUGACUUCCUAACAGAGUUGUCAGUACCUCAAUGUCAAGCAUUAAAAGAACUUACCUCACAGCAUAAGGAACCACUCUUGUAUCUGGUAUGUUAAAUAACGUCUGUUACAUUUACCAGUACUUACUCAGUCAGUACUCAAUCAUACUUUUGUUUGUUUAGUCACUUGUAUGAUUACAGACUGAAUUGGACUCCACUCACUGCAAUUUUUAAAUUUUUAUCCAUAUAAUUUUUUUAAAAAGAAGCAAUUUUUUUAAACAUUUGGCUAUAAAAAAAUUGCAAUAAAAUUUUGCUUAAAAACAUUUUAAGAUUUCAAUUUUAACGAAACGUUAAAUAACAUGAUAAAGUUUUGACAUCCUUGAACGUCAUUAUCAAGUCAAAAGAAAAAAGAGUAUGAAUAUUCAAUAACUACAAGAAACAAUAGAUCACUAAAAAGAAAAGUAGCAUAGCAACAAUAUGUUACAAGUGAAACAAAACGUUUUGCAGUAAUGGAGUCACUCUGACUGGGCCUAAGUUCUUUGAUGCAUAACAUCUGGUAGAUGAGGCAGUCAAAUUUUCUGUGGCACUUCUUUAGAAUGCAAAAUUAACCCUCAUUCAGGAGAGUUUUGUCACUGUGAGCUUCUAAAAACUGCUUACCAAUUGCUGAAAAUGAAAUCAGCAAUGCGCUGUUGUAGGUGUUGGGCUGUGUAGUUAACAUGAUCUGCAUCACACAGGUCACAUGAAAUUUAUAAACAUCACAAAAUUUUUUCACAUUUUUAUAGCUGAAGAAUACAAUGUAUGGAAAGACUACCUCGCCUGAUGACCCACUAUUCCAGAGAACCUGGACACAUUCAAGCAAUCCAGCAAAGGAAUUCCUACUCACGCUCGGCUUUGACCAGGUGACGGAGGGUAGUAGGAAGGAAUUGCAUUUAAAAUGGGAUUUUGAACACAUAACUUCUCUGGAGGAUGUUUAUGUUGCUGUGUUUGUUUUAUGCACUAAAUAACUGCUAAAACUGUGAUUGUAUUGUUGUAAAUAAAGUAGGUGCUGUACAGUACAACCUGAACAUAGGAUAAAAGUAAUGACUCUUUUUAUGAAUUGGCAGGUACAAAACACAGCUGGUCACUGCUCUUUUGAUGAAUAAGCUAGAUAAGCAGUUUUCCCCUUAAUUUAAGCUAAAACUUUAUUUAGGAUUGUUGUUAGGUCUAGGAGACAGUUUUAAGUGUUGUUUAUUUUCACGGUGACUUGUACUCUAACCUGCACUUGUGAGUUUUGUACCUGCUGUUUAUGAACCGAAGAGCCUCGAGGACUGCCAUGAUGCCAUACUAAUUGCCUUGUAAUAUUAUAAGAAUGUAGUUACUCUCUUGACCCUGUACCCCUGUUACCCCAUUAACUACAAAAAGAAUGACCAAGGUCAAAAGUCAACAAAAUGUUCACUUUUCAUUUUGUAAAAUGUUGACAAACAAAUCAUACCAUGCAAAAGUGCUGCCAAAGAGAUUUUGUUUAAAUGGUCACACCAAGGAAAUACAAAUGCAAGAGACAAUCACCAGCUUUAAUUUUGGAUCUCCAUAGGUUAGUAUCUCUGGGUUAUGUGCUUAAUAAAUAGAUUAGGGUAUAAAGUUUUUAAAAAUUUAUUGAGAUGGUCAAUAUCGCAAAUGAACAGAUGAUGAACAUCAAGAAUGUUUUUUUUUCUUAACCAUCAACAAGUUAUUUAUUUAAAAGUCUAUAUUAUUCAUAUAAAACUUGCCCUUCCGUGUUGUCUAGAAGGUACAUGUAUGUAAGGAUUACAAUACCAUAAUACCUUUGGUGUCCCUUAGUAAAAACAUAGUACUGGCUAAGUUUUUUUUUUGGCAUUUCAUUUAAGUAACUGCAAGUAAACAUUCUUCCUGGUUCACUGGCU